AUGUCGGGCUCAGGAGAGAAUUCCUCUCACCCACAGGAGCGCAACUCCGAGGCUGAGAGCGCACGUGACCAAGGUGUCGUACGCGACCCCAUUGUCACCCGAUCCCGAUCUCACUCAACCGAGGCAAAUCUGCCAACCGUAGAGACACGCCUACGUUUGCUAGAGGAGUCCGAGGCUGAGCAAGACACGCGCAUGGACGAGCUUGAGCAGGAGAUCUCCGCCGUCGGGGAAUCCACCAAGCACGUCCUUGACGACAUCAAGCAGUCCCAACAAGUCGACCGAGGCUUGACUGCUGAACAAUUUCGGCUCAUGCAAGAGAAGCAUGACCGCGAGGUAACGGGUUUACGUAAUUUGGUUAACGAACUUACUCGUGAGUGUAGGUCCCUUCGAGAAAUGGUACAGCAAGCACCAAGAGGGGAGCUAGAACGCGCACCGAGAGAGCAAGUGAUCAAAGCACCCGAACCAAACACUUACAAUGGGGCUCGGAGUGCCAAUGCUGUCGAGUCAUUCCUCUUCGGCAUGGAACAAUACUUCGACAACGGAGGUAUUUCGGGGGAGCAAGUCAAGGUCAAAGGCGCAGCCAUCUACCUCCGAGACCUCGCCCAAUUGUGGUGGAGACGGACCUUAUUGGACCAAGACCAUCCCAUUGUCACUUGGGACCAAUUCAAGACCGCGCUCCGACAUCAAUUCGUGCCUACCAAUGCACGAGACGAGACCCGAACUAAGUUUCGGCGUCUACGUCAAACAGGGAGUAUUGCCGAUUACAUUCGUGACUUUACCGCAUUACUUCUAGAACUAGGAGAUGUUUCUGACCAAGACGCUUUGUUCCAUUUCAAAGACGGUCUUAAAGAUUUUGCUAGGAUGGAAGUGGUUCGCCGGGAAGCUCACACCUUGAAUGCGGCAAUAGCUAUCGUGGAGAGUCUCACGGACUACUCCGCAAACCGUCCCAACCAACCUUCUCGAUCGAAAGACGGGAACAAAUCACGGUCCCAUCAAUCGGGCCAAGGACAACCUCGGACGGACAAGUCUAACACCGGGACCAGCGGUGGACAGCCAAAGAAGAGGCUUCCCCCGAGCCCGUGCUACUUGUGCCAAGGCCCUCAUUGGGUCCGAGACUGUCCUAAACAGAAGAAGAUGAACGCAGUGAACAAACAAGCCGACAAGGACAAAGAGAAAGGCAAGAGCAAGGUUCCCGAGGAAGAAGAGCUAGCUAUUGUCGGGUCCCUUCACCGGUUCAACACCUUGUCCAAGAAGGCAACACCGGGAACUAGCAAGAACAAGGAACCCAUGACCAAGGGUCUCCUCUACGCGGACGUCGAGAUACGUGGUAAGCUCGUUCCUGCUAUGUUUGAUACCGGUGCCUCACAUAACUUCAUGGAUGUAGGUGAGGCGAGUCGAUUGAAGCUUAAGGUGGAUGGGAACGGGGGAACGGUCAAGGCGGUCAACUCACCAGCCCAAACCGCGUCCGGCCUCGUACGAGAUGUCCGGAUUCGGAUUGGUGACUGGACGGGAAAGACCGACUUCACUAUCCUCCCCAUGGACGACUUUCGGGUCGUACUAGGACUCACGUUCUUUCGAUCCGUGAGUACGUUCAUUCCCGCAGCCACCACCGCGUUGGUCAUUGUCGACAAGGACAUACCCACCGUGGUUCCUCUUCGAUCCGUUCCAUCUCCAUCCACUCCCACACUCACCGCCACACAGUUCAAGCGAGGGGUGAAGAGCUCGGAUUGCUUCAUUGCAACACUCCGAGAGCUCAACAACGCGGACGAGACGGAAAAGUCGGAUCAACCAGCGAUUCCGACCGAGGUACGUAAAGUCCUUAAUGAUUUUUAUGAUGUGAUGCCAGAGGAGCUGCCCAAGAAGCUCCCUCCGAGGCGUGGAAUCGAUCACGCCAUUGAACUUGCCCCCGGAGCUAAGCCACCGGCCAUGGCACCCUACCGUAUGGCGCCUCCCGAAUUGGCCGAGCUCAAGAGGCAACUCGAAGACCUCCUAGACGCCGGGUACAUACAGCCCUCCAAGGCGCCUUAUGGAGCUCCCGUCCUCUUCCAAAAGAAGAAAGACGGAUCAUUGCGCAUGUGUAUAGACUACCGUGCCCUUAACAAGGUAACUGUUAAGAACAAAUAUCCGAUUCCCAUGAUCGCUGACCUCUUUGUCCAGCUUAAGGACGCACGGAUAUUCUCCAAACUCGACUUGAGGUCGGGUUAUUACCAAGUCCGGAUUGCUGAAGGAGACGAGCCCAAGACCGCCUGUGUAACAAGGUAUGGCUCGUUCGAAUUCAAG